GUAAAAAAAAUGAGAAAUAUUAUGAAAAUGGUUCACAAUUACAGAAGUUGGAUAUUCUCCCAAAAAAGAGUAGCUUUUCAGUUGUUCGUAACUUCGCGUGGAAGUGAAAAUGAAGCCACUGGCUCUUCUUCGUCCACCAACCAUCUCUUCAGCUCCUCUUCGCUUCACCUUCUCCAAAUCCCACCUUCGAAACCAUCCCCUUAACCUCUCUUGUUCCGCUCUUCAAUCUGAAUCGAUAAAGAAUGAAACAUCUUCGAAGCCCGAGUACAAGCCUGGACUUCUCGACGAGUUCUUCCUCAACGUUUUCCGAAGCAAAAUGGUUCAGGAAGUGGGUUGGGAUUCAGAAAAACCUGGAUAUGAUGGACUAAUUGAAGUCGCUAACAGGCUCACAACGAAGGGCAAAACCAAUUCUGAUACUAUAGAAGCGUCGGUUCGGAUCUUAACAGCUUUGUUUCCUCCUCUUCUGUUGGAUCUUUAUCGAAUUUUGGUAUCACCUAUAGCUGGUGGGAAAGUGGCUGCCAUUAUGGUCGCAAGGGUGACUGCGUUGACUUGUCAAUGGCUUAUGGGAACUUGUACAGUAAAUUCAUUUGAAUUACCUGAUGGGUCGUCUUGCCAAAGCGGGGUCUUCGUUGAAAAAUGUAAGUACUUGGAAGAAAGCAAAUGCAUAGGAAUUUGUAUCAACACCUGCAAGCUUCCAACUCAGAGUUUCUUCAAGGAUCGGAUGGGAAUCCCUCUAUUAAUGGAACCAAACUUCAAUGACUAUAGUUGUCAGUUCAAAUUUGGCGUUCUUCCUCCUCUGCCUGAAGAAGACGGCAUACUCAAAGAACCUUGCUUGGAGAUAUGUCCUAAUGCCACAAGAAGAAGAGAAAUUUCAGGGAAGAUGAGUGCAACGCAGUGUCCAAAAGCAUAGGCCAACCGUCCUUCAACGAGCUCGGGAUCGUGCUGAAGUAGCUUGGAUUGUGAACAUUGCCAUCAACAUCUCUGAAUUUGCUUCCAUAGCUACUUUGCCUUCUUCUACAGCUGAAUUCUCAAAGAAGUCUCUUGAUUGCACCAACAUUCUAUUGGGAUAUAUGUUUAUUCUUGUUGCCUUGUGGUUCACCCAAGGUUAUGGAGGAAAUAGUUACUCACAAUUUGUAUGUAACUAUGAAGAAUAGUUAUAAAAUUAUGCAUGAAUUUUAACCUCCGACCUCGAAAGAAAGUGUAUAGGUUAAUUUAUGUAAUACAAACUCACCUGAACUUCUAUGAUUAUCUUAGUCGAACCUUUCUUUUUCUCAUUA